GCGUUGGUUUUCAAACCCAACACCAGGAUUAAUGAAGAAUACGUUGGUUUGGCUCUCAGUUUGUAAAUUCUAGUCUGGUUAGUACUACUACUCUCUUGAACCACUUGAAGGGCCAAUUUGUAUCAAUUUCGUUCUAGCUAGUUCGUCGAUGGCUUGUUCUUCUUCUUGCUCCUCGACCACUCUUUCAAAAUGCUCAUUCCAACAACUAGAUGGAAGAAAUCUACUACUACCCAGAAGAAGAUUAAGAUUGAUUCCAGCAAUCACUAGAUGGAAUUCUUCUUCUUCCCCCUCCUUGUUAUCUCAUCAUAUUAGUGAUGAUUCAAAUCUACAUACAAGAAAACAUUUCCAACUCAAAUCCUCCAAUGGGUUUCCACCACCGAAUGCUGUUUCUAGUACUAAAGAACCUUCUGCAGCUGGAUCAGAAGAAAUGGACGCCACCAUUAGUAUUACUGUUGUAGGCGCAUCUGGGGAUCUUGCUAAGAAGAAGAUAUUCCCUGCACUCUUUGCACUUUUCUAUGAAGAUAAUUUACCAGAGCACUUUACAGUUUUUGGUUAUGCUCGAAGUAAGAUGACAGAUGAGCAACUCAGGAACAUGAUUAGCGCAACCUUGACUUGUAGAAUUGACCAGAGGGAAAACUGCAGUGAUAAGAUGGAACAGUUCUUGAAAAGAUGCUUCUACCAGUCAGGUCAGUACAACUCCGAAGAAGGUUUCGCCCAGCUGGACAAUAGACUGAGAGAGAAAGAGGUUGGAAAGCUUUCAAAUAGGUUAUUCUAUUUGUCAAUUCCUCCAAAUAUUUUCGUAGACGUAGUAAGAUGUGCUAGCCUUCGUGCCUCUGCAACAAUUGGGUGGACUAGAGUAAUUGUGGAAAAGCCAUUCGGGCGUGAUGCAGAAUCAUCUGGAGAAUUGACCAGAUCUUUGAAGAAGUAUCUAAAAGAGGACCAAAUCUUUAGGAUUGACCAUUACCUAGGGAAGGAGCUUGUUGAGAAUCUCUCUGUACUUCGCUUCUCCAAUCUCAUCUUUGAACCUUUAUGGUCCAGGAACUAUAUCAGAAAUGUGCAAUUCAUAUUUUCUGAAGAUUUUGGAACUGAAGGUCGAGGCGGAUACUUCGAUAACUAUGGAAUAAUCAGAGAUAUAAUGCAAAACCAUCUCCUUCAAAUACUAGCAUUGUUUGCAAUGGAAACACCUGUGUCCUUAGAAGCUGAGGACACUAGAAAUGAAAAGGUGAAGGUUUUGCGGUCAAUGAGAACUUUGACGCUUGAUGAUGUAACAAUAGGGCAAUAUAAGGGCCACAAAAAGGGUGAUAGGUCUUAUCCUGCUUACACAGAUGACCCAACUGUUCCAAACAACAGCGUCACUCCUACAUUUGCUGCUGCUGCUCUUUUCAUCGAUAAUGCACGAUGGGAUGGUGUGCCUUUCUUGAUGAAAGCAGGCAAAGCUCUCCAUACUAGAAGGGCAGAGAUCAGAGUUCAGUUCAGACAUGUUCCUGGUAACUUAUAUAAGCGAAACUUUGGAACAGAUCUAGAUAAGGCUACCAACGAACUUGUUCUCCGUGUACAACCAGACGAAGCUAUAUAUCUGAAAAUCAAUAAUAAGGUUCCAGGUCUCGGAAUGAGACUAGAUCGCAGUGACUUGAAUCUUCUUUAUAAGACACGAUAUUCAAAGGAAAUACCAGAUGCUUACGAGAGGCUUCUGUUGGAUGCGGUAGAAGGUGAACGCAGGCUGUUCAUUAGAAGCGAUGAACUUGAUGCUGCCUGGGCACUCUUCACACCUUUAUUGAAAGAAUUGGAAGAGAAGAAAAUUGCACCAGAGCUAUAUCCAUAUGGUAGUAGAGGACCAGUAGGAGCACAUUAUCUUGCUGCAAAGCAUAAUGUCAGAUGGGGAGAUCUUAGCAGCGAUGACUAGUAAGAAUCUAUUUUGGUUUUCGGUUUUCUUGUUUUGAGAAAUCAGUCAAUAACAUGAAUGAACAAUUGCUGGUGGCAAUCUCCUGUCGAAAUGUAAUUGUAUUGGGGAAAUAACAAACUGUAGGCUCUAGUCUACUUUAUUGGUUCUUGAGACAACUAGGCCCAUGUGGUAAUUGGAGAGUUUGUGC